UUAGAACAAACAUACGGUAGUUUAAGCAUGAAGUAUUUGUUUCCAGUGAAAAAUAUGUUAACUCCCAUCUUCUCCCUAGUACAGACAGUGACUGGUUUAGGAAUGUUGGCGAUAAUAUUAAUAUUGGCUUUAAUUUCAUAUUCAUGACCUUCUGUUAAUGUCUUGGGGUGACUUUUACAAUAACAAAAUCUUUCUAUGUAUAUUAGGGUUUCUUCAUGCAACCAUCUUGUCUGCUUUGUGUAGGGUGCCAUAUUUCAAAAAGUGAAAAUCUGGACACAAAAGUUGUUGAGCUUGUUUUGUUUUGGCAGAAAAAAGGAAGAAAGAUCUGAGGACCAAGACUUACAGAGUCCCAAGGAUAAGUCGCCAAAAGCCAAAAAAUUCAAAAAGGAGCGGAAAGAGGAAAAGCAGCAUGAGCUUGCACAGCCUUCUGCAGAACCAGCUGAAGCAGGCAAGGCAGAGAUGUCGGAAGGAGCUGGGACUGCUCCCGCUGUACCCGAAGCCUCUGCAUCUCCAAAACAGCGCCGUUCUGUCAUCCGGGACCGUGGGCCGAUGUAUGAUGACCCCACCUUGCCGGAAGGCUGGACCCGCAAGCUUAAGCAGAGGAAGUCUGGUCGCUCAGCGGGGAAGUAUGACGUCUACCUUAUCAACCCCCAGGGCAAGGCCUUCCGCUCCAAAGUUGAGCUCAUUGCCUAUUUUGGAAAGGUGGGGGACACCUCUCUGGAUCCUAAUGAUUUCGAUUUCACGGUGACUGGACGUGGGAGUCCGUCACGGCGAGAACAGAAGCCUCCGAAGAAACCCAAAAUCACUAAAACAGCUGGCACAGGUCGUGGGCGGGGCCGACCAAAGGGCAGCGGCUCUGCCAAGCCCAGAGGAGCUGCCUCGGAAGGUGUGCAAGUGAAGCGGGUGAUUGAGAAGAGUUCUGGAAAACUGCUGGUCAAGAUGCCUUUGCAGUCCUCUCCAGCAGGAGCCAAGGCAGAAGGCACUGGUGGGGCCACCACCUCCACACAGGUCAUGGUGAUCAAGCGUCCUGGGCGCAAGCGGAAAUCUGAAUCAGACCCCCAGGCUGUGCCUAAGAAACGGGGGCGUAAGCCAGGCAGUGGAGCAGCAGUGGUAGUUGCCGAAGCCAAAAAGAAAGCAGUCAAGGAGCCGGUUGUCCAGGCGGUCCGGGAGACAGUGCUGCCCAUCAAGAAGCGCAAGACACGUGAGGCUGUUAGCAUAGAGAUAGCCAAGCCAAGCCCACCUCCUCCAAGCAACACUGGGGAGCGGAGCCCCAAGGGACAGCGAACGGCUGCCAAGAGCCCAGGGCGCCGCAGCAAGGAAAGCAGUCCUAAAGGGCGGGGUGGCAAUGCCGUACCAACCUCUGCCCCUUCCUCCUCCCCUGGCAAGAAGGAUCAGCACCAUCCUCCCCAUCAGCCGCCUUCGGAGGCCCAGGGCAGCUCCCCUUCUCAGUCCCCUGAAAGCCCCAAGGACAGCAGGAGCCUUCCAGCUGAGCCCCAGGACUUGAGCAGCAAGAGCUGCAAAGAGGAGAGGGCUCCGGAAAGUGAUGGCUGCCCAAAGGAGCCACCUAAGACUCAGCCCAGCGGCACAGCAGUGCCCUACAAACAUGAGCGCAAAGACACUGUGUCGUCCUCCGCGGCCUUGCCCCGGCCCACAAACAGGGACGAGGCCGUGGACACCAGGACACCUGUGUCAGAGCGGGUCAGCUGACUUUGAGGGGGGUGAGUGAGCAAGUGAGCGCCAGAGGAAACAAAGAGAGAGACAGGCACUCCCAGCCCCCCACACCCAGAUGAGACUCCAGGCAGCUGCUGGGCAGGACUCCCCUUUCCCCAGAGUGCCCUGGCUUUCAACCAUUCAGCUACUCCAAAACUAUUCUUCCUCUGUUCCAAUCCUUCCCCCAUUUUCAAUACAGACAAGCACAGUGUGGGGUGCAGAGACAUGCCUCCCAGAGCUGGAAGCCACUUUGCACUUUUUCUACAGAAUGGGGGCACCCUUUUCUCUCCCCCCACACCCCCACCAGCCCCUUCUGCCAUGCUUUGCUGCAUAUACUACUGACAAGGCAAGCUGUUUGGCAGGGGAGGGGCAGCUCCAAACUCUGGCCUGUCGCCCUGAUCCUGCUUGCCCUCCAUAUUACAGAGGCCUGGUGGACAGAUUGUGGGGAGGGUGGGCAUGUGUGUAUUCCACUCCACCUCCCUAGUGCCAUGUAAUGUAGUUGUCCAGUCUUAGUUGGAUUUCUGUAGUUUUCAGUAGGAUGUGUGUGUACACACAAGAGAGAAAGAGAUGGGACUGUGGCGUACUGGGGAACCAAUAUCCCCCUUUUGCCAAUUAGACCAGCAGAUAGGAAAGUUUUUCUCUCCCCCAAGGACAGUUGUGCUGCUAAGAGACCACUGGGAUACUGGGGGCAACUUUGUAAGAAUGUCCUCCUUUCCUACGUCUAUCCCAAAAGGAGAGGCCUUUUGAUUUUGUUGAAGCAAUCUGAGUGUGCUGAAGCGUGUACGUGUGUGCGUGUGCUUGUCAUAUGCUAAGAGUUAAAAUGAGAUGUUCUUCCAGUUCUUGUCAAUGAUGUUAGUUUAGGGAACUGUUUGCACUAAUGGAGGCCUUUGCCCACCUUCUGUGAGGCAACGGCAUGAAAGAGUGUGCCUGUGUGUAUUGGAGCGGGACAUUUUGAUGGAAUUCUGGCUGACCUCUCCACCUUAGUUCUGGGGCAGGAAGGUAGCUGAAUGUUUCUAAAACUACCUGAUCUUCUGUGCUGGGAUUGAUAUGUGGCAGUGGCUUCACUGAGAAGCCUAGUAUUUGUCAUUUACAAGGACUUCCUUAUGGCUGGCAACCAAGCUCUUCCAUGACAGUUGAGCACACCCCUCACUCCCCAGGGACAGAGAGCUCAGCAGAAGAGUAGUGUACCUUGGGGAGGGGACUUGGUUUCAAAUGGAUGUCUCCUUUGUUUUGUUUUUCUGUCUGCAGAAGAUAGAAGAGGAGGGGUAGGGAAGCAUCGACCACUUCAGUGUGCUUAUUUUUGUUUUUAACUGCAUAUGUAGUGCAGACAGGAUCUGUGCCCCCCUCCAUUCUAGGCAGUAGCAAAGUACCCCAAGAACAAGAUGGGGGAGUAUGGGUCCAAGUCAGCAGUCUGGGCAGGAACUAGAAAGAGUUAUCUCUGAAAGUGUUGUCACUUUGUGGUGGUGCAAAAGGAUUAGAACAAGCCCCAUCUUGUUCUGCAGCUCUUUGAGGGCCAAAAUAGAUAUGAUUCUGGACCUUCAUGAUCAGAUUUUUAUUUAUUUAUUUUUUAAAAAACAACUUAAAGCCGCAGGAGGCUCUGCUUUUGAUCACAGCAGCAGUGCUGAGGAAGAGGGUAUUUAACUCUCUCCUUCUCAUCCAACCCCUGUGCUGGUUGUCUUUGGUGCAUACACACCAUACAGUGGUACCUCUGGAUGCAAACGGGAUCCGUUCCAAGCCCUGUUCGCAUCCUGAGCAGAACGCAACCCGUGUCUGCGCAUGCGCGGGUUGUGAUUCGUCGUUUCUGCGCAUGCAUGUGACGUCAUUUUGAGAGUCUGCACAUGUGUGAGCGGCGAAACCCGAAAGUAACCCAUUCCGUUACUUCUGAGUCGCUGCGGAAUGCAACCUGAAAAUGCUCAACCUGAAGCAUAUUUAACCCGAGGUACGACUGUACAUAUAAAGCACAUGACUUCCCCAAAGACGUCUGCCCCUAAAAAGAGCCACAAUUCCCAUCACACUUAACAGGUUAAAGUUCCCAGGAUUCUUUUUUUGGGGGGUGCACUUUAAAUGUUCAAUGUGUACACAGCUUAAUUCCCAUCCCAUCCAAGCUGCUAUUUUCCCUGCUUGUGAGGGGAUUCAGGUACCUGCACAGUACUGUCCCCCCCCUCCCCGCAUAAGAGGGGCAGAAUUUAGAUCAAGAAAAUGGCCAUGUGGCCAGUAUAGCCACCCUCUCCCUCAGCACCUCUUUUCCAAUAAAAAUUGGAGCCUCCUGCAGAUUCUUGGAAUUAAAAAUGUUGAAGGAUCUCGCGUUAGGCUCUCUGGAGACAUGCCUAUUUUGGGCCCUUAGAGAGAGACUUCAGUGUGGAGACAACUUAUUUUUAUGUUUCCCCUUCUUGCCUAUUCACCAGAUAAGUAGAGUAAAAUUCCUUCCAUGUGUGGCAAUUGUCAAAAGACACUUAUUAAGUAUAGAUAAAGGGUAAUGCACUAGUCAUAACUGAGAGACUCCAGGUUCAUAGUGGGAGGACCAGUUAGGAUUGGGACAACCUUCACUGCAACAAUUUACUGAAUUGCUCAUUUUUGCUUGGCUUCCUGCGCUGGCACCACAGUCAAAGCCAAAUUUUGGUUUUUCUUUUCUUCCCAUGUAUAUAACUCAGCAAUUGGCAGAAAGGUUGGGGAUGGCUUCUAAUUUUUGUUCUUCUGGGAGAAAUCCUGUGCUAGUGAUUGGACCGAAGUCUGCUGCUAAUCACAGACUCUGGAAUAUACCCACCCGCACCCGCUCUAAGGGUAAGGUAACUAGUCUGAAGGCCAGUUCAUCCUUCACUUGGAUGGCAGUGGCUGCCUGAGGAUACUGCUGUGGAAACAUGGCAGAAAGUACAAAGAAGUGGGGGAGAAAAUGGCUUUGUGGUAACUAAAAAAACAAAC